CAGGGCUGGCGCAGCCGGGUGGACGCCCCUGCCUUCCAGUGUUCCCUCUGCACCAAAAUCAUGAAGACACUGGAGUCCCUGGUUGGUGACAAGCGUGACAAGGACACCAUCACCCAGGCCGAGGACCAGGUGUGCCAGAUCGUGACCUGGGUGCUGCGCGGCCUCUGCCGCUACGCCAUCAAGAUGUUCAAAUCCCAGAUCACCCAGGCGCUGGAGGACGGGAAGGGUCCCAGGGGCGUCUGCACCAGCCUGGGAAUGUGCCGAGGGCCCGCCCAAGGCGCCCUGCUACCCCCCCGCGAUGCCUGUGACCUCUGCCUGACCUUCACCAGCCUGACGCUGCUGGACCUGGAGCCCAGCCGGGACCUGGGAGACGCUCUGAACAGCACGUGCAAGCGGCACUUCGGGGGGUCCCCCGGGUGCGACACCUUCGUCUCGCGCUACGGAGCCAGGCUGCUGCAGGCGCUGAGGGAGCCCUGGGACCCGCUCGCCACCUGUCUGGACGCAGAGGCCUGCCAGCUGCCGGAGGAGCCCGCCCAGGGAGAGCCCAGCUCUGGCACUGACAUGUGGGCACAGCUGUGAGGCCUGGGCCUGUGCCCCUCCACAGCAAGCAGCGCCCCCCAGCUCCUGCCUCCAGCACGGAACCUGCGCCCCGGCCCCCUCUGACUUCUGCUUCCCUCCCUGCUUUGGGCAAUAAAGAACUGAUACUGA